GGUUGAGGUUUGGAAGCGCUGUGGAUGUGGGUUAUGUGGAUGUCACGGCCACGACCUGGAGCAGAGCAAAGCAGCAGCAUCCCACCUCUCUGCAGCAUCCUCCUCCUCCUCGGGACGCAAACGUGCCGACCUGGUGGGGUCACUUAGGAUGCAGGGACAAAAGCAGAGCCUUUGGUGGUGGAGAAAGCUGGCAUUGUGGAUAAAAGCUUUGGGUUUUGGUCCGAGUUCUUGGAUAAAGCCGGGUGCUGCCCUUUGGGGUCACCUUGGUGUGGGGUGAGGUGGGCUCUGGAGUGGGCUUGGGGCUGUGGGGCUCCCAGCAUCAGCCUGUGUGAUUGGGAGUGAUGGGAGAGGAGGAGACCCUUCUGUGAAAGAAUGGGAAAAAGGGGAUCAGAGGAACGAGAUGAGAAAUAACAGCAGGGAUGGACUUCUGGGGGGGAUUAUUAAAUGAUGGGGUGAUGGAUGCUUUACGCCUCGCCGGCUUCUGACGUGUCGGGAUCACAAAGAGCUGCACAAACAUUAAUUAAUCUGCCCUAAUGACCCUGCGGGGAGUCAGUGAGUGGAGAGGAAUCUUGGCAUCGAUGAGGGCGGUGCUCCUUCGGCACGAUGGGUGCGAUGGCGAUGUGAGGAGAGGUUCUCCUUCAGAGAUUUCCCAUGUCCUCACUGGAGAGGAAUCUUUGAGUGGUCAGAGUGCAGACUGAGGCUGAAAGGGACCCCCAGUCCAACCCUGAGGGCACGGGGGACCCAGCCCCAUGCCAACACCCUUGAGUAAACCCAUAAAAGCCAAAUGUGCGAUGGGCCUUCCAAAAGAAACGCCGUUGUGUCACCGCUUCUGUGACAUUCAAACGUUAAGAAUGCCAUUGUACUUCCUCUGCCAUGUCCUGUCCCCUGCUCAACUGCAGGGCAUCCCAGUGAGUCCCCCUGUGGCUCAGCAUUGCAGAUAUUCUGUGUCCUUGUCCCCAGGUCCUGGUAGAGGUGGCAGCAUGGACGGGCAGGACCCAGCCCUGGGCUGUGAGCGUGAGCAAAAGGGGCAGCCAGCUUUCACCUGGGAAGUGCAGGCCAACAACAGAGCCCACCACGAGCAGCUCAGGAAGAAAUCUGCCUUCUGUUUGAGCAAGAAGAAAUACGCGGGCAAUGCCAUUAAGACAGCCAAGUACAACGCCCUGACCUUCCUCCCACUGAACCUCUAUGAGCAGUUCCACCGUAUGGCCAACAUCUACUUCGUCUUCGUCAUCCUCCUGCAGACCUUUCCUGAGAUCUCCACGCUGCCCUGGUACACUCUGCUCUUCCCCCUGAGCUGCCUCCUCACCAUCCGUGCCCUACGGGACCUGAUGGAUGACAUUGGCCGACACCAAAGUGACAGAAACAUCAACAGCAGGCCCUGUGAGAUCCUGUCUGGGGAGAGCUUCCGCUGGCAGAAAUGGCGCGAUGUCUGCGUUGGGGACAUCGUCCGCCUGCACAAGGACAGCCUCGUCCCAGCCGACAUGCUCCUGCUGUGCAGCUCAGAGCCCAGCAGCCUCUGCUACGUGGAGACCUCUGACAUCGAUGGAGAAACAAACCUGAAGUUCAGACAAGCCCUCCUGGUCACCCACCAGGAGCUGACAAGUGAGGAGAGCUUGGCUGCCUUUGAUGGGAAAGUGACCUGCGAGGAGCCCAACAGCCGCAUGCACAGCUUCACUGGUGUGCUGCAGUGGAGGGGAGAGACGCACGCGCUGGACGGCGAAAGGAUUCUGCUGAGGGGCUGCAAACUCCGCAACACCGACACGUGUUAUGGCUUGGUUAUCUAUGCAGGAUUUGAUUCUAAAAUUAUGAGGAACUGUGGAAAGAUCAAGAGGAAGAAAACCAAGCUGGACCGCAUGAUGGACCGCCUGGUGGUCAUAAUCUUUCUGGUGCUGCUGGCCACAUCGCUGUGCCUCGCCAUUGCCUCAGGGUUCUGGGCCAAGAUGUUCCAAGAGAAACACAGCUACCUCGCUGCUCUCUAUAAGCACACGACUCCUGCCAAGCAGGCUUUCUUCAGCUUCUGGGGCUUCACCAUUCUCCUGAGCGUCAUCAUCCCCAUGUCCAUGUAUAUCACGUUUGAAUUCAUCUACUUGGUGAACAGCUUUUUUAUCAACUGGGAUUUGGAGAUGUAUUAUGCUGUCAAGGACAUCCCAGCGAAAGCCAGGAGCACCAGCCUCAACGACCAGCUUGGCCAGGUGGAGUACAUCUUCUCAGACAAGACGGGCACCUUGACACAGAACAUCAUGAGCUUCAAGAAAUGCUGUGUCAACGGGACCAUCUAUGGUUUGGGCGCAGGCCAUGAGGACAAACAGCCACCGGGGUUGGUGUUGACCCGGAGUUGCCAUGGGGAGAAGAUGUUGGACUCCAACAACGUGGGGCUCCGGGAAGCAGUGCAACAAAACAACGAUCCGGUGCUGCGGGAAUUCCUGCGGCUGUUGGCCCUCUGCCACACCGUCAUGGUGGAGGAGAGGGGAGACCAACUGGUUUACCAGGCGGCUUCUCCAGAUGAGGAAGCACUGGUGCUGGCAGCCAGGAGCUUGGGCUACGUCUUCCUGUCCCGAACUCAGGACACCAUCACCAUCAGUGAGAUGGGGGUGAAGAGGACAUACCAGGUGCUGGCCAUGCUGGAUUUCAACAGCGAUCGCAAGAGGAUGUCGGUGUUGGUGAGGGACCCACAGGGCACGAUCCGGCUCUACACCAAAGGGGCUGACACUGUGAUCCUGGAGAGGCUGCGGGGUCGGGGACCCAACCAGGACUUCACCGAGAGGGCUCUGGAUCACUUUGCAGAGGAGACCCUGAGGACGUUAUGCCUGGCCAGCAAGGAGCUGAGCGAGGCGGAGUACGACGAGUGGAGCAGGAGGCACCGCAUGGCCAACAUCCUGCUGCAGGGCCGGGCGUGUGAGCUGGACAGGCUGUACGAGGAGAUGGAGCAGGACCUGGAGCUGCUUGGGGUCACGGCCAUUGAGGACAAGUUGCAAGAAGGGGUCCCUGAGACCAUCCAGCUGCUGAAACUGGGCAACAUCAAAGUGUGGGUGCUGACGGGAGACAAACAAGAAACAGCAAUGAAUGUUGGCUAUGCAUGCAAGCUGCUCACGGAUGACAUGGAGAUCCUGGAGGAGAAGGAAGUGAGCGAGAUCCUGGAGGCUUACUGGGCGAGAAACAACAACAUCAGUGGCACUGACUGUGUCUCACAGCAGCACCCGGAGCCUUUCUGCCACAAGAAGAGAGCUCUUGUCAUCAGCGGGGACUUUGUGGACACAAUCCUCCAGACAGGAGAGGUGCUACAGAAGAAGGGACGGCUGUGGCAGCAGCUGGCUUGCCAUGGGACGACGGACCCACAGGAGCAGGGCAGCCUGGUGGAAAAGGCCUUUGUGGACCUGGCCACCAGCUGCCAGGCCGUCAUCUGCUGCAGGGUCACCCCCAAGCAGAAAGCUCUCAUCGUGCAGCUGGUGAAGAAGCACAAGAAAGCCACCACGCUGGCCAUUGGGGAUGGGGCCAAUGAUGUCAACAUGAUCAAAACUGCUGACAUCGGGGUGGGCAUCAGCGGGCUGGAGGGCGUGCAAGCCGUGCAGUGCAGCGACUACGCCCUGGCACAGUUCUGCUACCUGCAGCGCCUGCUGCUCGUCCACGGCCGCUGGGGUUACCUCCGCAUCUGCAAGUUCCUCCGCUACUUCUUCUACAAGACCUUUGCUGGCCUCAUGACCCAAAUCUGGUUUGCUUUUCACAGUGGAUUCACAGCCCAGCCUCUCUAUGAAGGCUGGUUCCUUGCCCUCUACAACGUUUUCUACACCGCCUACCCCGUGCUUUCUGUGGGUCUUCUGGAGCAGGACGUGAGUGCCAAGAAGAGCCUGUGGUUCCCUGAGCUCUACACCAUUGGGCAGCAGGACAAGCUCUUCAAUUAUCGUAUUUUCAGCGUGACGCUGCUGCAUGGUGUCAGCACGUCGCUCACCAGCUUCUACAUCGCGCUCUGGGCCUUUGAGGACCACGUUGGCAGCAGGACUGUGGGGGACUACGAGUCCUUCUCCGUCACGGUGGCCACCUCAGCUUUGCUGUCAGUCCUCGUGGAGAUCAUCCUGGACACCAAGUUCUGGACGGCGUUGUCUUUCCUGAUGGUCACAGCCAGCUUGCUGCUCUUCUGCCUCUUCUCUUUCCUGACCCAGAGCAUUGAUGCCUUCAGGAUCGCCCCCGCUGUCUUCCGUUUUCCAGAUGCCACCCAGAACGCCCUGACCGACCCUUACAUCCUGCUGGUGGUCCUGCUGUCCCUGGUGGUGAACACCAUCCCCUCGCUCACCAUCCGCUCGUACAACGCCAUCACAGGCAACACCAGCAUCCAGCAGAAGAUCUGCUGGAAGGCCAGACGGGAGCUGGAGCCCUCGGUGGAGCUGCGCACCCACGUCCCCCGUGGUUCCUUCCACCGCCGUUCCAGCUAUGCCUUCUCCCAUCAGGAGGGCUAUGCUGGCCUCAUCACCCGUGGGGAGAGCCUGCGCACCAAGGGCACCCACAGCACCACCAAGGGCACCCACAGCAUCACCAAGGGCACCAAGGACACCCACAGCUCCACCAAGGGCACCAACAACACCACCAAGGGCACCCACAGCACCACCACCCACAGCACCAACAAGGGCACCCACAGCUCCACCAAGGACACCCACAGCAUCACCAAGGGCACCAAGGACACCCACAGCUCCACCAAGGGCACCCAUAGCUCCACCAAGGGCACUAACAACACCACCAAGGACACCCACAGCUCCACCAAGGGCACCCACAGCUCCACCAAGGGCACCAACAACACCACCAAGGGCACCCACAGCUCCACCAAGGACACCCACAGCACCACCAAGGGCACCCACAGCACCACCACCCACAGCUCCACCAAGGACACCCACAGCACCACCAAGGGCACCCACAUCAUCAACAGCACCCACAGCACCAAGGGCACCCACACCGUCACCGCCACCCCUUCCACCACUGACACCUGUUCCACCACAGCAUUCCAUCCCCAAGGGACAACCCCAACUUGGCCCUCCCCCCAUAGCUGACCUGGCCACAUGCUGCUGAGGCCAAAGAGGUUUCCUCUUCUUGAGGUCAUCUGAAUCCAAUUUGGGUGUUUUGCUUUACACACUGGUCCCCAAACCCACGGCAGUGCAGUGUGCCAUGCCCCCAUCCCCAGCACCUCGCACUCCCCCAUUCUUUGGGGGACACGCACAGCCCAUGGGAUGCUGCAGAGCCACAGCUUGGGGAGGACAGACCAUGCAAACAACCACGUGGUGACCAGAUCACCAUUUUUUAUCCUCAUUUUUGUAAUUAAAAGCCCCCCGGGACACACACACAGACACAGGGGUGAAUGACUAGAAAAUAAAAUAAUUUAUUGAAGAAACAGAAAGCUGCAGAAAUACAACACAGUCAUGACCAGUAGAGGAUGAACAAAUAGAGAUUUUCUUUUUUUUUUCUUUUUUUUUCUUUUUUUUCUCUUUUAAAACCUGUUGACAGGCUGGAGUUAAGUUUCCUGGUAAUUUCCCCUGCGUGAGUCAUUGCAAAGAACAAGGAACAAACUCCAGAGCACACAGCACAGUUUGGAUAAAGUGCCUGACACAUAAGACUCUUUUUUUUUUUUUUUU